AUGAAUGAAUAUAUCAGAGAACAUAAAAGGAGGAUUAGGUGCAGUACUGCACGAUGCCUAGCUCAACUCGGUUUCACUCAGACAAGCAGUAUCUGUGUUGAUGCUAUGUCAGAUAUCAUGAGGUUGUAUUUGAAGAGAUUUUCAUCAAAUCUGCAGUACUACAUGGACCAACGAGGCCAGACAAGUCCGUCACUGGCUGAUGUCAAGAAGACAUUCAACUACAUGAAAGUGAAUUAUUAUGAACUGUAUGAGUACUUGAGACAGGUCCGAUCGAUAGAAGCCAUGCCAUCGGCGCCAGUGUUUCCUAACACGUCAGCUAGCAGAAGUCACCUUUCCCGCAUUGAAUUUCCUCGUCAAGAAAGCCCUGCCGAUGUUGACGAAAAAUCUUCCCAAGUAAAAGAAGAGACGAUUUUAAUGAAACAUUUCCCUCUUUUUUCUGAAGCAUCUGCAUAUUCCGUCGGAUUUGUAAAACCACUGGUACCUGCAGCUUCUCCACAGGAGAAUCUUGAAACAGAAGUUAAGAGUAUCUCAUCCCCGCUUUCUCCACCUCCGAAACAGCACAAAGAUUAUCGUGAAAAGAAAUUAAGAAAGCCGUUCGAUAUAGUGCAGGAAGGUUUCCCUAAAAGUGGUACGGAACAUGUUUCAAGCCAUAACGCAGAGAAUAACUGUCUGGACAAGCAAAUUAUAUCAAAAGAUGUUGGAGAGACCGAAAAUGACCUAGAUGAACGUGAAGAUUUUAGAGUACACGAUGUUAAUGAGGGAAGGAAGAAAGUUUGCGGAGAUAAUCAUCUUCAUGUGGUUCGCGACAGCUUGGAGAACUUACAGAAGAAACGACCAAGAUACGAAAUAACUUCUGAUGCACUAAGAAGGCACUCCACCGGAAAAAUCUCAGCAAAACAGUCGUCAAAGAUAGUUGACCUGCUGAAAAAGCUGGAAAAACAGAGAAAGAUUUUCAAAAAUGUUCUCGAGAAAACCAAUGCUGUUCUGCGAGAGUGCCAGUUAGAAGCCUCAGGAAAUCCUGACAUUGUUGAGGUCAAAUUGAACGAAAAAAGGAAAGUAUCCCCAUUGAGAUUGAGGAUUAUUCGAAAUCCUACUGGUUCUAUAGACUAUCAAAUUAUAAAACCACAAUUUAUAAUUCGUUUCAAGAAGACACUACUUCUGAAAUGCAAGGCCUUCUUAAAUCACUGUGUUGAGAAACAAAAGUCCGGGGAUAUCCUCGAAGAAGAUCAAAACUAUGACAGCAUGGCCACCUGCGAUAGGGGUCGCUCUUCCAAAUAUUCUCUUCGAAAACAAGAGCCCACUCGAAGCAGAAAGGUUGCUGUUCUGCCAUAUCUUGCCUCUGAUUUACUAAGAAAUUCUUACGCAGUGCUAACAGCCUGCAUGACCGGACGAGCUUUUCCGAAUUUGGGGUCUACACAAGAAGGUGAAGAGACAAGAAAUCCAAAUACCACACCUCAGGAUGAGAUAUCAAAACAAAGGGUUAAUGAAGUGAUCUGGCAGCAGUUGUUCGGUCAAAGUGGCAUUUUUAGAAGAGAACGAAGAAAGCUCUAA